AUGAAUCCAUACGAAGCUGCACGGGUUGAAGCCGCGGCACUACGCGCCGAGCUGGAAGCCCAGGGCGUUGACCUCAACGUCGGCGGCUUCGCGCUCGUUUCUGCUGCUUGCAAGCGGCUCAAUGUGGCGUUGAGAGUGGUCAAGCCGGAGUUUCAUCUUCUGCAGGCCACGGAUGCGACGAUAUUGGUUGGUCGAAAGCUGACGCUCGUCCGAAGUGACAAAAGCGACGAGAUGAAGGCCUUCCUCGUCGCCCAUGAGCUGGGUCAUCUCAGGCUCCAUCCAACUUCCGAGGGGUGGACCGACGUCAGCGAGGCAGCGCUGACGGGCGCCACCGAGAGCCAUGGGGCAACCGCGGUGGAGGGCUACGGCGCCCGUGAACGGGAGGAGCUGCAGGCCAACGUUUUCGCUCGGGAGUUCUUGCUGCCGCGCGUAGCUGCUCGCCACGCCUUCAUAACCGACGGCAUUGGCGCUAAAGCGCUGGCAGGCUUGCGUAAGCUGCCUUUGGAACUCGUUCGGCUACAGCUGUACGACGGCGUUCUGCUACCAACCAUUGAGAAGUCAGCCAAGGUCUACAAGCUGCCCGACAAGCCCACGCUGGCUCAGAAACCCGCGGUGGACAGCGACGCGCCUGUGAGCCUGGUCGAAGCUGGUCCAGGAACCGGCAAGACAACGACCCUGCUGCUUCGCCUACGGCGCCUCAUCGAGUCCGGGGUCUCGCCGGACGAGAUUGUGAUUCUGACCUUCUCGAACAAGGCGGCCCGUGAGCUUGUAGAGCGUGCUCGUGCUGGAAACAUUGAGGGGGCUGAGCGGGUUUGGAUCGGAACCUUCCACGCCUUUGGGCUCGAGUUCCUGCGCAAGUUCGGGGCGCUGCGCGGCCUUGGCCCGCGCUUCCCAGUCCUAGACAAGAUGGCAUCGAUCGCGAUGCUCGAGGCCGACGUUUCCAAGGCGCAACUGAUCUUCCACGACCCGCUCUCGAAUCCCACGUGGCUUGAGGCCAUCGUUGAUGCGAUUCGUCGCUCAAAGGACGAGUUCUUCGAUGCUGAAAAGUUCGAGGAGGCCGUCAAUUCGUCGCUGACGGGUGACGAGGAAAUCGACGGCAAGCUGCGAGAUGCAGCCACCAUCUUCCGACGCUAUGAAUCCCUGCUUUCCCAGCGGGGUGCCGUUGACUUGACGGAUCUGCUCUGCGUCGCCAUUCGGUUGAUCCAGUCACCCGACCCCAGCGUCGAACGCUUCCUACGCGGCAUCAAGCAUUUGAUGGUUGAUGAGUACCAGGACGUCAACCGUGCAAGCGCGCUACUGGUUCAGUGCCUCGCGAAGGAUUGCGAGACCGUUUGGGUGGUGGGCGAUGCGAACCAGGCUAUUUACGCCUUCAUGGGGGCGUCAUCCAGCAACCUGAAGAACUUCCAGCAAGACUUCCCCGGCGCGAUUUCCAUCCCGCUGUCGCUGAACCAUCGCAGCUCCCAGGAGAUCGUUGACGCAUUCGGCGUCGUAGCCAGCCGCAAUCCAGCAGGGCGGGCCACUGCUUCCCUUACAGCCGAGCUCGGCUCUGUGGGACAUGGUCCGCAGCAUGUUCAGACUGCUGACGAUGACGAGCAAGCGGCGGCGCUGGCCUGGCGCAUUCUUCAGCUCCGCGAAGCCGGAGUUCCGCUGGCCGAACAGGCCAUCAUCACCUACCAGAACGCGGCGGCAGCAGACAUCGCCCAGGCCCUUGAGCGCCUCGGCGUGCCCGUCCUAUUUCUGGGAAACAUUUUCGAGCGUGGUGAGAUCAAGGACCUCAUCUGCCUGCUCCAACUGGCGUUGGACGAUGCAGGGACGUACCUGCUUCGCUCCUGGCAUGCCCCCUGCAUCAGUCUCAGUCGCACCGGCGCCGACCUCAUCCUGGGCCAGGUGGCUGAGCAAGGUGUUGGCUGGAGAGCAGUCUCCGGGGAAGGGCUCGACUCCAAGGACCUGGCUGCGUGGCAAAACCUAGCCCGGCUCUGCGCUUUGGUGGAAGAAGGUGCAGCCCCGUGGGAGACGCUCUCAACGAUCCUGCUGGAAGACGGGGAGUGGCUCCGCGAACUUGCUUCCAACGCCGAUCAGUCCGGUGCGAACGCCCUGAUGGCGAUAUGGCAGUUUGUCUUCUACUGCCGUACGCCGGAUGGCACUGGGCGCUGGGCCACGGUUAAGAAACUCCCGCAAAACGUCCGUGACCGCUUGCGCCUCAACGAGGACAGAAGCAUGCGGGCAGUCCCACCGGAGGCGGAGGGGAUGGACGCUGUCCGCAUCUUGACCGCGCAUGGCAGCAAGGGAUUGGAGUUCGAUGCCGUGCACUUUGUGGGUGUUCAGAGCACGACCUAUGAGCCCACAAGAAAACCCAAUGCAAGGCCGCAUAUUCCAUCGGCUGUCCUUGAUGCGAGCAAGUCGCUGGAUAUACACAAGAACGAGCGGCACAACCUCCUGUACGUAAGCAUGUCCAGGCCGCGCCUCUUCCUGACGGUCUACACGCUCGCCGCGCAAAAGCUACCGUCAUCUCUUGAUGGGUUGCUCAGUCCGCUUAGCGGCGCAUGGAGCAAGGUGCCGGCUGCGAUGCCGAAUCAGCCGGAGAUCGUUGCCCAGCGCGAGGUUCCUCUCGAGAAAUUCCUCGAGUUCAAUCGCUGCGGCAGGCAGUCGGAGAUGUCGUCGCGCGGUGGCAAGUGGCAGCGUGAAGAGAUGAAGCUGCACCGAUCGAUAGACGCUGCGACCACCAGGGCGGUGAAGGAACUGGCGGCUGACAGCACAUUGCUUCAGGGUGACGGCUGGAAGGGCUGCGUAGAACGCGCCAUCCUGCAUUUCCGGCUUCAUGAGCACGACUCGGCAGCGUUCAUCAAGCAGCGCGUCGAGGAGCGAGUUGCUCACGGGAGGGGUUGGCUCCUUGAAGGUGGCAUAGGAGGACCAGGACUUUCGGUGGUACUUGGUCCGCUCAAGGUUGCGCUCAAGCCGGACCAAGUGGUCCAGGUCGGCGGUGUCAAGACCCUUCGCUUCAUCCGGCCAAACGCACGUAGCCUGAGCUCGAUGAAAACACCCCUGGCUGCGUUGUUGAACGCUCACAACAAGCUGGGUGGAGAGAAGCUAGAUAUUCAGGUGGCGACGCUAGCUGACGGGCUGGCGAAGUCGGUGGGAACGGUGAGAGGGGACACACCUGCCAAGUUCGAGGCCAAGGCAUAUGGAUUCUGUGCUGGCGACUACUCGAGAGUUCCAGACAGCGGCCACACCUGCUUCUCGUGCCCGUACCUGUUCCCUUGCAACAAGCGGCCAACGGAAGACGACUGA